AUGCCCACCCACGAUCGCCCCUCACACCGCCAUAGACCCUCGUCUCGAUCUCAAUCGCCGGAUCCAAACCACUCGCAUCGUCAUUCGCGCCGUCGUACCCAUCGAGACCGAGACAGCCAUUCGCGAGAGCGCGAGCGAGAGCGCUCACCAGACCGAGGCGACCGACACAGCAGAAGACACCAUCGCAGCCAUCACGGCCAUCGGCAUCACCGUCACCAUGAUCGACGCGAACGACAUCCAGAGCCGUCAAACACAGCACCAGCACCAGCACCAGUUGUUCUCCCGUACCAAGCGCGGGAGCUCUCGAAACGAGAUCUGCCUGUCUUUGAGCCCAUGUUCGCCAUGUAUCUAGAUAUACAAAAGGGCAUUAUACUAGAGGAUUUGAACGAAGAGGAGGUCAAGGGGAGGUGGAAGAGCUUCUUACGGAAAUGGAACCGCGGAGAACUUGCAGAAGGAUGGUAUGACCCAAGUACUUUAGAAAGAGCACGCAGUAAUGCACAAGAGCAAUCCGCGCCUUUCUCUGCGGCUCGACCGCGCCGUACGUCUCCAGAUUACGAGCAAGGCGCCCCUGCAAUGAAGGAUGGAAUGGAAAGCGACCAUGAAGAUGACGAUGACGAUGAAGACUACGGCCCAACUCUUCCUCAACCGAACACAUUUGGGAGCCGGUCAGGCCCGUCAAUUCCCACAAUGCAGGACUUACAGUUGCGAAAGGAAUCUGCCAUAGAGGACGCAAUCUCUGCCCGUCAGGAUUCACGAAAGCAACAUCGCACAGAAGUCCGCUCACACCGAUCCGAGAUGCGACAUAUAGAAGAUGAAAUUGCCCCCAGAGCAGAACCAGGUACACACGAGCGACGCAUGGAAAAACAGAGAGAGACGGCGGCUGCAAACCGAGCUUUUGCUGAAUCCCGGCGAGGCGGUUCUCCCACGGAUGCUGUUCCGGAGGAAGAGAUGAUGGGUUUGGGGGAAAAUGAGUUGGAAUCUUUGAAGAAAGCACAAGAGAGCGAGCGGCGCAAGAAGAAUGAACGCGAAAUCAAAAGGGAAGAAAUUCUCCGUGCUCGAGCAGCGGAGCGAGAGGAAAGGUUGCAACAAUACCGACAAAAAGAGGAUGAAACAAUCGGUUGGCUCAAGACUUUGGCCAAACAAAGAUUUGGCUGA